AUGGAAAUUGAGAGAAUCAAGGAGCUGAUGCUCCUUUGGUGUAGAACCAGAGGUACUCCUGUGGCUCUCGUGGAAAGGCAAAAGGCCGUGGAAUUUGCUCGCGGUUAUCGAGCCAAGGAACAGAACAGGAUGAAGCAUUUGCCGGAUGGUGGCAUUGGUUUAGAUUCUGAUACCCUCUUGGUAACUAAGCUUCCUGAUUCGCAGGUUUUGCGUGUUGUGUCUCGCUCGGUGUUUUUAGCUGUCUUUAUUCUUACGCUACCUUGCAUUGGUUCCAUUUUGAAGGAACUUUCUUCAACUUCUAAUUAUAGUCUACCCGCAAAUGAUUCUGAUUCCGAUUUUAUUGAUGUUGAAUUCUUGGAUUCACUUUUGCUAGAUUUGGCUAAUGAGGGCCUUAUCAAGAAGGGCGACAAAGCUCUCUUUGUAAAAUCCGGCAUUGGGGCUGUAAUUGAUAAUUCACGUUUCUUGAAUGCCAAUGAGAUUGAUUUGGUAUUGGGAUCUGAUCUGGGGCAACAAUUAUUGUUCCAUAAUGCUUCAUUUGAUUUUGUAUUUGCAUUUGGAAUUAAAGAUAUUGAAUUUCUUGAUCGCGUUUUGAAAGUUGGUGGUGUUCUGGUUACUCAAUUGAGUGACCUUCCAAAUGCUCUUCAGAAGAAAUCAAAUUAUAAAGUUUUUUAUAUUCGGCGAUAUGGUUCAACGAUUGUGGCAUUGAAAAAAACAAGGUUGGCAAUUGAACUGGUGGAUUCUUCAGCAAGGAAGCAGCUUUGUGAGUUGGCAUUGCAGGCCAAGAAAGCAGCGUUGAAUGGCUUGGAAGAUGUUCUGCUUGAGCCCCCAAGAAAGGUUUUAGCAACAUCUAGAAAAUUCCUGAAGAAAUUCAACUAUCUUCCUGACUUGUUAGAGGAUUCUUUAGAAGGUUAUCCACGUCGAGUUUUUGUUGAUGUGAGCUUGCAAGAGGAGAAGGAUAGUGUAAUGGCAUGGUUUAAUGAGAACUAUCCAACUAGGAAUCAAAAAUUUGAGACAUACAACAUCGAAAUGGUGCCUGAAGUAGUGUCAAAGACAUUGGCACGGCGAGUCAAUGUUUCAAAUUGGUUGUUGAAGAAUGUGAGGCAAGAUGAGUUUGUUGUGAUGAAGGCAGAAGCAGAAGUGGUUGAGGAGAUGACAAGGAAGAGGACUAUCGAUUUGGUGGACGAACUAUUUCUGCAGUGCCAGAACCAGUGGCAGAAUGGUGAAGAGAAGAAGAGCAAGAGGGCUUAUUGGGAGUGUUUAGCUUUGUAUGGAAGGCUGAGAGAUCAAGGAAUUGCUGUGCAUCAAUGGUGGGACUAA